GAAUUGGGAAUGAAACUUUUAGAAUUAAACGAAGAAAACGAAGAAAAAAGUUUCCAAGAGACCACAAAGAAAGGGUCUAAAAGAAAUCAUCCGGAAUUUGAUGCGAUGGUGGAAGGAAUGAUGAAAAACACCUUGCAACAGCCACAUAGGACACAAGAAAAAUUUAAAGGUUUAUCACUUGAUCAACUCACGGUACUGGGCAGUAAAAGCGAUGGUAAAAAGAUAGCACCUCCUCUAGAAAACAUUUCAAGAAAUUCUACCAGAAAAAGAUUGUCAAUUAAUAGCAAUAAAAGCAAGAUCUCCACUGAGCCGUCAAGCAGAGCAUUGGCGCUGGAAAUGAAAUCAUCAAGGAAGCACUCAAGCCUUAGAUAUGAGGAUUAUCUUGUAAAUCGAGAGAACAGCAGUACUAAAAAUCAGCCUCCUGAAUUUACUGGAGAUAUGGAACAAAAUGAAAUGCAUUUUAUGAUUCCCUUUCAAACAGAAACAUUAUCGAGUGAACAAGAAGGAUUUUCAAAGCAUCAUCUUUCGUCCAUGUCCGAAUUAAAUUCUGAACAAUGCAGUCUCUUGCUAGAUUUAUUCGACUCAGAUAUUAAUGUGUCCUUAUUUCAAUCCGAGACACAUCCAUGCUCCCCUGUGACUUUUGUUUCUUCAACUGAUCAGUCAGAGGAAGACUGCUCGUCGCCUAUUUUGUCGCCCCUUACCCAGACGACAAACAUGCUGGAAGGACUACUUAGAACAAGCGACAGAGCCUCUUCGUCUUCGGAGUCACAUUCCCUGGAGAAUUCUAUCGAGAGUUCAGGGACACAUUGAAUAUCUUUAACGUGGUUUUCACCACGAACUUUUAACUUUGGAGAAAUUUCAUAUACGAUGCAAUAAAGAAAUUUUACUAAUUGUAGUAAUCAUAGGAUAAAUCAAGGGCUGAAAGCCGCGUUCAAUAGUUUUUCCAUUUAGAAAUGAUGUCCAAAAUAAAUCAAUGUUAUGAAUAUGUAAUUAUUAGUGAAGUUUCAAGUCAAUGUGAAAACAUCCAAUAACCGACUGAAAAAUUGUGCAAUAGUGAUGUUUUUUGUAUAUAACAUUUUAAUUAUGAAUAAAAGACGAUGGAAUUAGAAGUCCAGUGUUCACUGCCUAAUCU